AUGUCAGGGGCCACGGAGACGGCGUUCACCAGCUUAGCCAACGUCAUCAACCUUCUCCCCACCGGCACCGUCCUCCGGUUCCACUGCCUCAACCCCGUCCUCACCAACAAUUUGGAUUUGGAGAUCUCUUCAUUGUUUCACAAUGAAGUUGCAGCUCCUUGUGCGUUCUCUGCCAGGCUCACAUCACCCGGCGUGUGCUUGAGUUCCUCUUUCGACAGUACACCCCUAUCCCUUGUUUUUUGCUGGCCAUCAGUAACAUGCUAUCGAGUCUUGGGUACUGUGCUCUUUCCAGCAUGCUCCGCAGUGUCUGCUGAAGUUGGGGCUGCAACAGAGGCUUCUCUUGAUAUUGCUCGGCUUCACGUUUCAUAUUAUUUGGCCUAUGGUCCUCAGAAAUCACAGGAUUUGACCUGGGAUGCUGCCUCGCCAUCUCUUUGUAGGGCUCAGAGCUGCAAUGUUAUCAAGAUUAUAUGUGACCAUCAAUUAAGAAUAUCAGAUGACAAGCACACAACUGCUGAUAUAGUAGAUCAUGGAUCAAGCAAAAGUCAAGUUUGGGGUUGUGCCAAAACCGACGAGUAUGAUGUUGACCCUAUUGGUCCGAGCCAAUUAGGAUCUGUGUUACAAACUCUUUACAUUCUACGCAAACAUAUAUCCUUUUCAGCCAAGUCGGCUUUGCUCUGCAUGGGUACUCAUCUUCAUUCCAUUGUGGUCAAGAUGGGUUUCCACUUAGAUGUCUAUAUCAACAAUGCUCUUGUGGAUAUGUAUGGUAAAUGUGGCGUUAUUUCCUCCACCCAACAAAUGUUUGAGGAAAUGCGUGAAAGAAAAGUGGCUACUUGGAAUACCUUGAUGUCUGCCUAUGUGCAUAGCCGGUACAUGGAAAAUGCUAUACAUUUGUUUCUAGAGAUGCUCGGACAAAUGAUAACUUCAUCACAAAGUAGUGUUUCAACAGUUAUGGCUGGUUGUGCACAAUUACAAGCCCAAGAAUUGGGUGCUCGGAAUCAACAAUCUGAUGAGGCAAUGAUUUUAGUUAGAGUAAUGUUGCAGUUUGAUCUCAAGUCAAGUUAUGUGACUUAUAUUAGCUUGUUGAGUUCGUUUCAUUAUCCAAGUGAUUUGGAUCAUUGCAAACAAGUCCACGGUCGUGUAAUCCGGGAAGGUCUAGAGGCUUAUAUGUACGUAACAGUUACAUUACUAACUGCAUAUUCAGAAUGUGGCAGCAGCAUAGAUGACUUCAAUAGGAUCUGCUCUAUUGUUAGAAUAUGGGAUCUAGUUUCCUGGACUGCAGCCAUUGCUGGUUACUCUGAAUUAGGAAAAGUUGGGAUGCUCUGCUUUUCUAAAAUGAGGCAGGGAGGCAUAACUAGUGACUUUUUUACAUUCACGAGCAUUUUAAGAGCAGCUGGAAUUAUUCCAGCUCUUGAAGUGGAGAAACAAAUUCAUUCUCUAGUUCUCAAGACUAGAUGUGUUUAUAACCUAUUCGUUCAGAAUGGGCUCAUCUCCAUGUAUGCAAGAUGUGGUAAGAUUGUUGAUGUAAAAGAGGUGUUCUUAUCAAUGGACAAACACGAUUUGUUCUCAUGGAACUCACUGCUUUCAGGGCUUGCUAAUCAUGGGCAUGGCAGGGAAGCUGUUGCCAUUUUUGAGCAAGUGAGAAGAACUGUGGUUAAACCAGGUCUGACCACAUUCCUCACUGUGCUUUCUGCUUGUAGUUGUGUUGGAUUGCUACAAAAGGGACUUGAGUACUUUGAGUUGAUGAAAAGUGAUGAUUCCCUUCAGCUAAAAAAACUAGAAUACUAUGCUUGUGUUGUGGACCUCUAUGGUCGAGUUGGCUAUCUCAAUGAAGCAGAAGCAUUCAUCAAUUUGGUGGAACUUUACCCUAAUGAUCCUAGAAUUUAUGUACUUCUAGCAAAUGUCUUGGCUAAUGGAGGUUAUUGGGAUAAAGCAGCUGGAGUGAGAAAGAACCAUGGCAACAACCGCCAGUGCAGCGACUCCAACAAGUCCGCCGCCGCCGCCGUCAUCGCCCUUUGCGGCCUCCUCUGCUUCGUCUCCUCCUUCACCGAUAGCUACAAAGGCAGCGACGGCCGAACCCACUACGGCUUCGCCACCCGGAAGGGCAUCUGGCCGUCGCAAGCCACCCAGCCAGUCGAGUUGUCGGCGUACAAGAUUAGGUUCAUUUAA